GUUGCUUAGGUUAAAUUCGUUCCUGUAGACUUGCGACGUUAACUUAUUUGUUAUGGGCGGGGAGGGAGAUUUCUUAAACAAUCCGCAAGACCUGUUUUUGUACCUGCCGAUGUCGAGAAUACCUUGACGAAAGCGAAGUGCUCCACAGUUUCGAUGUCGACCAUAGUGCUGCGAGCGCGAUCGCCACGACGAAGCGGUAAUUAAAAUAAACGUGGGCGUCGUCGCUUGCAACCGGCUCGACUGCUGGACGCGAGUCUUUACGUCUUUAGUGUAAAAAUGAAUUGGGGAUUAACGUUGGUGAUGUGGUUGGCGCUUUUGCCGUUUAGUCGUGUGUGUUGCACGCCGAAAGCGGCGAUUUACGUCGACAACGGUAUGGGACAAACAGCCAUCGACCGUCUGAUGACCAACGUCGAAAAACUCGAAAUGGAAUCGGAGAUAUUGAAUUUGUUGGGGUUGCCGAAUCGCCCGCGUAAAAUCAACAAGAGUACCGUGAAAAAGUCGGCACCCAAGUUUCUACUCGACAUUUAUAAGUCACUAAUAGAAGAACAAAACGAGGAAGAGGGUUACAGGCGGCCCAAGAGGAGUUCCGAUUUGAAUUUAAGCGGAAACGAGCAGCAACAAAUUUACGAGAGCGAUAUUAUUAUGACGUUCGAGAGUGUCGAAAAUCACGUGGAUAGCGUGCGCCACGAAAGAGGAAAGAGGCUUUGGUUCAAUGUUCUGGAACUUCCAGUAGCAGAAGACAUCGUUGGUGCCGAGUUGAGAAUCUUUCAAAAUAAAUCGGCUUCCAUAAAACGCCCCGAGUCGAUUUACACUGUCACAGCGUAUCAGUUGAUAAAAACAUACGAAGGAGAGAGAGGUCUAGAAUACAUAUCCUCAAUAAAUACGACAGCAGAAUUCACCGGAUGGCUAAGUUUAAACAUAACACAGUGUCUGGCGGCGUGGGUGGCCCUCCCGAAAUCAAAUAACGGACUUUAUCUGUCCGUCCAUCCUGCUGGUAAACCAGGUCAUGAAAUUCGCCCAGAAGAUAUCGGUUUAGUAAUGGUCAAAGGAGACGAAGAAACUCAGCCUUUCAUGGUGGCGUUUUUAAAAGCUUCCAAUUAUGCCCGAAGCAGAACAAGGAGAGAACUAAAAUCGAGAGCAAAAAAAUCCGAUUUUUCAGCAAUUCUAAAAAACGGAAGAAGCAUAGAGUCCGAAACCUGGCAGAGCUGCCAAAUUAAUACUCUCUACAUUAGCUUCAAGGAUCUACAAUGGCAAGACUGGAUCAUAGCUCCCGAGGGCUACGCCGCCUACUAUUGCCGAGGGGAGUGUAAUUUUCCAUUGAACGCCCACAUGAACGCGUCUAACCACGCCAUUGUCCAAACUUUGGUCCAUUUGAUCCAUCCAACUCGAUAUCCGAAAUCGAGCUGUGCGCCCACCAAAUUAUCGCCGAUAUCUGUAUUGUAUUUCUUGGACGACCACAAUGUUGUUUUGAAAAAGUACAAGCAAAUGGUUGUCAGAACGUGCGGAUGCCGUUAGUGAUUAUUGUUAUUCAUGUUAUUUGUUGAUAAUUGAACGGCAUGAAUAACUUUGUCGUCUCUUGCGUAUGCUACCUACUUAAGUUGUAGGUAGGUAUUUUGCAAUAUCUGAUUGUACGAAGUAAGUGAAAAAACUUAGUAAUUCAUUCAAUGUAUCAGGCACGACUACGGACUAUUGUAGAGAUCAAUUGAGAAAAACCCAGUUUUUUACAAAAUGGUUAGAGUCGAGAAAGUGUCAUAUUUAAUUAAUAAGAAGAUACCAUUUGAUCGGGGCAUCUAAGUUUAGUAAUAAAAUUGCGAUAAACCAUUGGCGUGUCACGUUUUUUAUUAUUAAAAUUAAUUAACACGUUCUCACGAACGCCACAAGUUUAUCUAUGCUACAAAUUUGUUUUUAAAUGGUAAAAAUACCUACCUAGUGAAAGUAAAAAUAGGAUUUUUUCCCAAAUAUUUCAACAUUAAAAAUGAAGCAUUUUAAGACAUAAGUUUAUCUGUUGAAUGCGCUGUUAAAUGUAGAAACUAUUAUAACUCGAAUCACUCAAAAGUUAGUCAAAAAACAUUGAAAUUUUUUUGAUAAGUAUUAAAUUGUAAAUAGUUUGUAGAAAAUAAGAGAUAGGAUAUACGUCGUAUCUGUAAAUUGUACCCAUUAAUGUACCCAACGAAAAAAAUAAAAUAAAAAUUGAAAAGGA